CAGUCGUCGUUGUUUAUUUCCUCACACCGGCUUCUGAGACGCACAGACACACAGACACACGCAUAUACAUAGUUACUCUAACACUCAAACACACACACACAGAGACAGACACACACACACAAACAUACAUACGCUUACGCACGCACAUACACAUACAGACACACGCAAACAUACGUAUGCACAUGCACAUAUACAUAAAUACACACACACAUGUACCAUCGUCCACCUUUUUCUUCCCGUUCGCUGUGAACGUCAAGAAUUCUUUCUUAAUGCAAUUUCGGGGACCAGGUAGUCAUCACGAACAGUCCUUGCUGUGUCAAUAUGGUUCGGCAAAACAGCUAUUAUAGUUAUUCUUCAUCUUCCUUUUUACUUUGUAAUACUUUUUGCGUUACCGUUUCUUUGAUUUGUGCCGGCCAACUGUUGCUGCUUUUCGGAAGAGCUCAGGCAGUGCUGGGGCACAUGAAAGUCCCAAGUGCUAUGUCUAGCGAAAAACCCCGGACAGUUUUAGGGAAAUACGGUAAUUAUACUUGGCCAAACCGUCAACUUGCCUCUAAGAUCGACGGCGAAAUAGUAAUCGGAGCUUUACAUAUGAUUCACGAGAGAAGCGAAGAUAUGAUCUGUGGUGCUAUCAUGCCGGACGGCGGUAUACAGGCGCUGGAAGUUAUGCUUUACACCAUAGAUCACAUAAAUAAGGACCCUGACUUCUUACCUGGGAUAAGGUUGGGUGUCCUUGCAAAGGAUGACUGCGACCGGGACAUCUACGGACUCGAGCAAUCAGUCGACUUUAUCAGAGGUUCCAUUGCUAAUAUUGGCGGCUCCGCAUACAAAUGCAAAGAUGGAGCUGAAAAGAACCACGACUUAAAAAUAAUUCCAGGUGUACUUGCAGCACCAUCAAGUGUAACUUCGAUUCAAGUGGCCAAUUUACUAAAGAUCUUCAAAAUAUCACAGAUAAGUUUCUUUUCGACUAGUACAGAUCUAAGCAAUGUGGAUCGAUUCCCUUAUUUCUUUCGAACAAUACCAUCAGAUCGAUAUCAAGCUCAGGUGAUGGUUGAGUUGGUGAAAAUGUUUAACUGGACUUAUGUAUCCGUCAUUUACGAGGAAUCAAGUUAUGGUAUUCAGGGCUUCAAUGAAGUUGAAAAACAUCUUCGUGAUAAUGGAAUAUGUAUAGCCCGAACAGAGAAGCUUCUCAAGGACUCUGGUGUGGCUGGGACUGAAGCAUAUGAUAAAAUUGUUGACAAUCUCAAAUUGAAAUCAAAUGCACGGGGUGUUAUUAUAUUUGCAUCCGAUCAAGAAGUUGGAGAAUUGAUGCUGGCUGUGGCGAGAAGAAAUGCUACAGGGAUGUUUUCCUGGAUUGGAAGUGAUGGAUGGGGAGGCAGAGCUGUAGUCUACGAGAACAAAGAGAGACAAGUGGAGGGAGCCAUCACUGUUCAGCCGCUGGCAUAUGAUGUGAAAGGUUUUAAAAAAUAUUUCCUGUCUCUUUCACCGAAGACAAAUACACGGAAUCCUUGGUUUAUUGAAUAUUGGGAACAACAUUUCCAGUGUAAAUAUCCUAACAGCAGUUGGACACCAUUUAAUGAAAUGUAUAACGAAACAUGUACUGGAAACGAAGUGAUUGAUCCUGAUGACUUCCAUCUUGAAGCCCAGCUACAAUUUGUCAGCGACGCUGCAAUGGCCUUUGGAUACGCUUUCAAGGCUAUGCAUCAAGAUUUAUGCGAUGGAAAACCGUAUCUCUGUGAUAAAAUGUCGCCCAUUAACGGUGAACUUUUGAAGCAAUAUCUAUUAAAAGUAGACUUCCAAGGAUUGAGUGGCCAAAAUUUUACCUUUCUACCAAAUGGAGAUGGUCCAGCUCGUUACAGAAUUUUGAAUUAUCGCCAGAAGUCUUUAAAUCAAUUUGAAUGGAACAGUGUGGGUUUCUUUAAAGACGGAAAACUCAGAGAUAUGAAUAUGUCAAUGAUACAGUUUCGUCUGGAGGAACCAAAUCACCCGGAAUCCGUUUGCAGUAAACAGUGCGUCCAAGGUCAAGCCAAGACAUUUCUGAAAGGUCAUACCUGCUGUUGGACUUGCCUCAACUGUACAAAAUAUCAGUUUCUUCCAACAAAGUACGAGUGUAAAGACUGUCCAAUGGGGACUCUUCCUAGUCUUAACCAAACAUACUGUGUUAAAAUAGCAGAGAUCUACCUCAGUGUAGAUGACGGGAUUGCUAUUGGCGCAAUGGUGUUCUCUUCAUUAGGAAUUGUUGCAUCUAUAUUCGUAAUUAUUGUUUUCAUAAGAUAUAGUGCAACACCAGUGGUGAAAGCAUCAGGGCGAGAGCUCAGUUUCGUCUUAUUGAUUGGCAUUUUCAUGUGUUAUUGUAUGACUUUCCUUGUAGUGGCAAAACCAAAUGCCUUUACAUGUGGCUCACAGCAGUUUGGAAUCGGUUUAUGUUUUGCCAUAACGUACGCCGCAAUUUUAACCAAGACAAAUCGAAUAGCACGGAUCUUCCGUGCCGGUAAGCGCACCGCAAAACGGCCUAAGUUCAUUAGUCCAAGAUCUCAACUAUUUAUUUGCGGUUCACUAGUAUCACUGCAGCUAGCAAUUGGUGUUAUUUGGUUACUUAUGAGCCCACCUAAAGCAAUUCCAUUCUAUGCUAAUCGUAAUGACCACCAACUAAUAUGUAAAGCGGCUCAAGGUUUUUCCUAUAUGAUUGGCUUUAGCUACCCUAUAUUUUUAGUCAAUAUCUGCACAGUUUACGCUGUGCUAACGAGGAAAAUACCAGAAGCGUUUAAUGAAUCAAAAUAUAUAGGAUUCACAAUGUAUACAACUUUUAUUAUAUGGCUCGCAUUUGUUCCAAUAUAUUUUACAACAGCACACAAUAUCGAAGUCAGAAUGGCUACCAUGUGCUUCUCAAUCAGCCUGAGCGCUACAGUCGCAUUGGUUUGUAUGUUCACUCCGAAAUUAUACAUUAUUUUACUUCAUCCUGAAAAAAAUGUGCGUCAGUCUAUGAUGACAUCCAAAGUAUUGAUUGCUAAAACGAAUUCUUCGGCAAUUAGAGUGGACUCCGGUACACAAUCAGAUGAGGUAGAAAUGACACAGCGCCUGAAGCGUUCCAGCUCAUUCAGCAGUCUAUACAGCCGAUCAACAAAUGCUACGCAGACACAAAGUUUUAACGGACACAGUGUUAGUACACAAACUUUAGAUAGUCUUGGAAAUGAGUUUGACGAUCAUGAUGUUGAACUGUAAUAACUUUAGCUUUCUGAAACAUGUGUAUGUUUUACGUUCUGAAUUUGAAGGAGGUAAAUUAAAUAAUAAAAGUAUAUAAAAUAUAAAUUCUAUGAGAAUUCCAAUAACAUUACAACACCAUCAAUCGCAACCAUCGAUCACAGUGAACGUAUUGGCGGUGUCUUCACAAAAACAACAAGAACGAGGAAUAUUAGAUCGUCAGAUGCAUGACAUAUCGCAACCAUCACAUUCGAAAUCCUAGCUACGACAGAAUACGUGGAUUUCUCAAAAACCAUUGUAUGUCUGUGACACGAAUACCAACGACAGCAGCAAUAAAUGAGAAACAUAAAAAUACAACUGUAACAGAAAAUAAGAAAUAUAACAACAAUAACAAUAACAACAAAAACAAAAAAUUGCAACAAUGAUAACAACAACAAUAACAAUAUUGAUGACAAUACAAUCAGCAAAACGGGAGCAACACAAUCAGAAUCAAUAAUAUAUUCAUCAAAUAAAAGGUUGUAAACUGCUGAAAGAUUCAGCAUUAAACAAAAAGUCAAAAAUCAAAACAACAUUGACAGCAAAAAACAGUGUUUAAAUGAAUAUUUUCCCUUUUCCUUAACUUUUUUCAUCUUAAAAACAUCAUUUGGUGUCAUUUAGUUACGUUCUUUGGUGAGAAAGAAAACAACAAAAGCAAAA